AUGGCGGUGCCUUCAGCCCAAGAGUUUCACUGGCAAAGUCUAGCACGACUACCGAGUGGUCGUGUCUACCACUCUUUAUCAGAGGUGGGAGGGCAGAUGUACAUGAUGGGAGGCUGUGAUGCUGCAGGGAGGCCAUGCCCCACUGUGGAACUAUACUCCCCAGAGGGCGACCGAUGGAUAGGACUGCCCUCUAUGCCCACCCCACGUGCUGGAGCUGCUGUAGCAGCCCUAGGAAAGCAGAUCCUAGUAGUGGGAGGAGUAGGUGAAGACCAGAGACCAUUAAAGGUGGUGGAAAUGUAUAAUACAGAGGAAGGGAGAUGGAGGAAGAGGAGUGCAUUGCGGGAGGCCCUCAUGGGUGUGUCCAUCACUGUAAAAGAUGGACGUGCUCUUGCAGUAGGUGGAAUGGGUGCUGACUUGCUCCCCCGUAAUAUCCUUCAACAGUAUGACUUUCGUAAGGAUGUGUGGGCUUUACUUCCUCCCAUGCCCACCCCACGCUAUGAUGCCAAUACACAUUUAUUGGACAACAAACUUUAUGUAGCAGGUGGCCGCCAGUGCAAGCGGCCUGUGAAAGCCUUUGAGAUGUAUGACACUGAGACUCGCUCGUGGACAACACUUCCAAUGCUGUCAUGUAAACGCUCCUAUGCGGGUGUGUUAUGGGACGGUGCAGGGAGGCUGUGUUUGCUGGGAGGUCUGCGCCAGGGAGGAGGACAUCAGAGCUCCAAGUUUACCAAGAAUGUCAAUAUUUUUGACUGUAAUCAAGGUACUUGGCUGAAGUCAGAUGAGACAGUGAACUUGAAGACAAAGAGAGCUGACUUUGUUGCCGCUUUGCUGCGUGGCCGCAUGGUGGUGGCAGGUGGACUAGGUCAUGAGCCUUCUGCUCUGAACACAGUGGAAGCUUUUCAUCCUGUGAAGAAGAAAUGGGAGCAACUGGCCUCCAUGACAUUCCCCCGAUGCUCAGCUUCUUCCAUCGUCAUCAGAGAUCGCCUUCUAGUGGUUGGUGGAGUCAACCAGGUGCCCAGCUCGGCCCAUGAGAUUCUGUAUGUAAAAGAAGAGGAAUAUCUGUAG